AUGUCAACGCCAUCUGAAACUUCAAAAGAUUAUCGAAAAGAACUCUCCUGUAACAGACAAAAAUGGUUUAGAGAUAAAAAAAAUGAUAAUACUACUCAAUUCACUAUUAUAGACUUUGAAGAACUCGAAUGCUUACUUACAACUGAAAUCCCAACUGUUGUAAUUGAACCUCUUACUCUUGAUACUAAUCUUGAUCUAAUUAAUAUCCAUCCUAAUCCAAGACCGCACUCUAUUCACAUUAAAACAUUACGACAUGAUAUGGGAAGAAUGGAUCAAGCCUGUAGACAUUGCGAAGCUAAAUUUUGGAUGCUAGAAAAGGAGCAGAAUAGUGGUCUCGCUGCUCCGAAAUUUCCUGUUUGCUGUGCUAGUGGCAAAGUAAAAUUGCCUCCAUUAAUUCAACUGCCCCCACACUUACUAAAUUUAUAUAUUUCAAAUACACAUCUUGCCAAUAAAUUCCAAAAAAACAUAAGAGCCUAUAACUCAGUUUUAGCCUGCAUAUCUUUUGGUGCUAAAGUAAAUCAACAAUUCGUAGGACAAAGUGUAUCAAAUUUUCGAAUUCAUGGCCAAGUCUAUCACCUCAUCAGACUGUUGUUACCAGAAAAAAGCAACUCUCUAGCAUUUGCUCAACUUUACAUCUAUGACACUGUGCAUGAAAUUGAAAAUUGUCAUAACACCAUGAAUCAAUUGAAUGAAUUAAGUGAAGAUAUUUUACAGACUUUACAAAAUGUACUUGAUGAAAGCAAUUCUUAUAUUCAAAAAUUUUGUCAAGUAAGAGAUAUUAUUCAAGAAAAUUUAACCACCUCAAUUUCAAUGAUAAUUUAUAGUGAUAAAUCUCGUGACAUUUACCGCUAUAAUGCCCCAACAUCCUCUGAAGUAGCUGCGAUUAUAGUUAGUGAUAGUUAUGAAAUCAAUCCAACGAGCCGAGAUAUUCUUCUUAGAUUGCACGAAGGAAAUUUGCAAAUAUUCGAGUUUCAUUCCUUAUAUAAUCCGCUUCACUAUAUACUAUUAUUCUCUAAAGGUGAUGAUGUUCAACGACUUGCAGUGCAUCUUCUAGGACAUCAGCAUGUUUUUUUUCAAGAAAGAGAAGAUCUCCAAGAUAUCAUUAAUCAUGCUAAUAAUCAGAUGACGACUUUAACAGCUUGGUUUCAAGAGAAUAUAAAUAAUCCCGAAGUAUAUGAACUCAUAUAUGUCGAGUUUCCCACUUAUUAUACUUGGACCGCUAAAU